AUGUUUUUUAAAAUAUUGUUUUGUUAUGUUUUGCUACUCUCUGCAUUCUUCACAAUAUCCGAAGUAGAAUGCAGCAAAGCGGAAGUAGAACUGUAUAAAUCUCUGUUGAGAAACUAUAGUUCUUUGGUGCGGCCAGUAAAAAAUCCCUCCAAGCCAUUGCCAGUGUUUAUUAAAGUUUUUCUUCAACAAAUUAUAAAUGUGGAUGAACAGAAUCAAGUUGUAGAAAUCAAUGCGUGGCUUAAAUAUACAUGGAACGAUUACCGCCUACGUUGGAGACCCCUAUCAUAUGAUAAUAUAACUUCAGUUAGGUUUCCAGGAGGAGAAAGUCCUAUUUGGCAGCCUGAUAUACUUCUCUACAAUAGCGCUGAUGAUCGUUUCGAUUCUUCAUUCAAAUCAAAUUUGGUAGUCUAUUCCAGUGGACUGGUUAAUUGGAUUCCUCCCGGAAUCUUCAAAAUUUCGUGUAAAAUGGAUAUUACCAUGUUUCCUUUCGAUGAACAGAUUUGUUUCAUGAAGUUUGGUUCUUGGACAUAUCAUGGUUUUUCAAUCGAUCUUCAAGUUGACACAGAAAAGGAAGAUACCCCAGCUGUUGAUUUAUCAACCUAUAUCAGUAACGGAGAAUGGCGUCUAAUCAACGCACCAGCACAUAGAGAAGUCAAGUUUUACAAAUGCUGUUUGGAGCCUUAUCCUACAAUCAAGUUUUAUAUGUAUAUCAGAAGAAGAGCACUCUAUUACGCGUUCAAUGUAGUUAUACCGUCAUUACUAAUCUCUUUGAUGACUCUAUUGGCAUUCUGUCUACCAGCAGAUGAUAUGAGUGAAAAGAUCGGUUUUCAGACAACCAUACUGUUAUCUGUAUGCUUCUUCCUAACAAUCCUGUCGGAAAUGGUCCCGACUACGUCAGAGUCUAUCCCAUUAUUAGGAAUGUUUUUUUCUGCUCUCACUCUUAUCGUUUCGAUCACAACUAUCUUUACAAUAGCAGUUUUGAAUAUAAGAUAUCGCCAGUAUGCCAAUCACACAAUGUCACCCCUGUUCAGACAAGUGUUUCUGGAGUGGAUACCUUGGUUGGUCCUACUAAAACGACCAAAACAUAAGUAUAUAAAAGGAAGAUGUGUUAAUGUUUCAUCCUCAGAGUUCCAUGAUUGUGUUCAAUGCGCAUAUAAAACGGGCGACGCUGUUUCCAAAUGUUUGGAAGAGCAAGGUCUGGAAGAUCCAAUUUUAUCAACUCUUGCCUCCGAAAAAUUAGGAUUAGAACGAAAAGUGGGGGAGGGGAUAUUCAUGCCGAAAAGGUUCUCAAACGGUAAACGGUUCCGAUGGACUCAAUAUGAACGGUGUUUGAAAAAAUGUAUCCAACUUGUCAAAGAGGAAAAGAGCGAUGAUGAGUCGACGGAGAUGUCAUUGUAUAUUUUGAACAUUUACUCCAGUAUUGUAUCGAAGAUACGUCGUGUGAGGGAGUAUGUUGAUAGAAAAUCAUUGAAGAAAAUGAACAAAGAAGAAUGGAUGAUGGCAGCUAUGGCUUUAGAUCGUUUUUGCUUGAUUCUUUUUGCAAUUUUUAUGACAGUUGUCAUAGGAACUGUGUUCUUUGCAUCUCCAAAGAUUGAUAUGAUAUGA